ACAGAUGGUUUCUUUCUGUAGGGUAUCAGUGUGUCAGAGUUUUUUUUAUUACUAUUCAUGUUUUUGUUUAAUUGUGGACCCCAGGAAGAGUAGCUGAUACUUCUGCAAAAGCUAAUGGGGAUACAAAUAAAUAAACACAACCAACAGUUUCCCUCAUUGCAGGUAGAGAUCAGUCGAGAUGGAGAAAGGUUAUCCCGGGGAUGGUACUUCUGCCCCUCACCCAGGACCUCCCAUGACCUAUGGGGGGAUAGCCACGGGCCAGGGCCCCCAGCCAGGCUUGUACCCCCAGCCCCCAGGCGGAUACCCUGCCUCCCCUGGUCCUCCACAACCAGGGUUCCAGCCUGGUCCCUCCCAGGGAGGUCCCCAAGCAGGUGUGUACACACCUCCACCACAGUACACCUCUGGACCAGGUGGACCGGUGCCAGUCGUGACCCAGGUAAUAAUGACUCCUAGCCUGAUGGAGGUCGGAGGUUCGACCAUGUGUCCCCACUGCCAGCAGCACGUGGUCACCAAGACAGAGACCAACCCUGGCCUGCUCGCCUGGCUCAUCUGUGGUGGCCUCUUCAUUGUUGGGUGCUGGCCAUGCUGCGCCAUCCCUUUCUGUGUAGACUCAUGUAAAGACGUGAAUCACAGCUGUCCCAACUGCAACAAAAUCAUCUACGUCUACAAACGCAUUUGAUAUUAAUUUGACCUGACUGUACUACCUUCAUCUGAAGGACUGGGACAUGGCACUUCAAUCAAAUCAACAUUUCUGUAAAUGUAUGAGGUUCGUAUUCACUAGGGCAUGUGAUGUUGGAAUAUGUUUUACAACGAAGAAACAAAAACUAAUUCUUAUUGGACAAGUCCAGAUAGUCCCUCCCUUUUUCAGUCCAUUUUCUUCCAUUUGGUGCCUAAUGAAUACAACCCAGGGGUAGCCAAAAGGGUUAUGUCUAUCCUAUAUAGUCCCUGAGCAGGUGGUGAGCUUCCCUCAGCUCCACAAAAUACUACAUAAUAUAUGCCAUUUAGCAGAUGCUUUUAUCCAUUUUUGUAUGGGUUGUCCUAGCGGAAAUUCAAACCCACAAGUGCCAAGCUCCAUCAGGUCCCUGGCCAGACUUGACCCUUGUAGUGACUACCAAAGAGAAUCCUGAUACCAAAGACUGGUAGUAGCUGCGCUAUAGCUGUUUCACUGUAGUUCUGUACUCGUCUGAAGUCCAUGAAAGUAAAGGAACUUCUAAACCACUCUACUUAUUGUAAUAUUGUUACAUUGAGAUGUAUAUAUCACCGUCACUUCUUAUUGUUACAUUGAGAUAUAUAUAUAUCACCAUCACUUCUUAUUGUAAUAUUGUUACAUUGAGAUAUAUAUAUCACCAUCACUUCUUAUUGUAAUAUUGUUACAUUGAGAUGUAUAUAUCACCAUCACUUCUUAUUGUAAUAUUGUUAAAUUGAGAUGUAUAUAUCACCAUCAUACUUCUUAUUGUAAUAUUGUUACAUUGAGAUGUAUAUAUCACCAUCACUUCUUAUUGUAAUAUUGUUACAUUGAGAUGUAUAUAUCACCAUCACUUCUUAUUGUAAUAUUGUUACAUUGAGAUGUAUAUAUCACCAUCACUUCUUAUUGUAAUAUUGUUACAUUGAGAUGUAUAUAUCACCAUCACUUCUUAUUGUAAUAUUGUUACAUUGAGAUGUAUAUAUCACCAUCACUUCUUAUUGUAAUAUUGUUACAUUGAGAUGUAUACAUCACUUCUUAUUGUAAUAUUGUUACAUUGAGAUGUAUAUAUCACUUCUUAUUGUAAUAUUGUUACAUUGAGAUGUAUACAUCACUUCUUAUUGUAAUAUUGUUACAUUGAGAUGUUUUUGUUAUUACACUCUUGCAGUCGUUCCCUCACCGAUCCCGUUCUCUUUUUUCCUCUGAACGUUCUACUACUCAUUUGUCAUAAAAGACUAUUGUCAAUAAUUACAAUGGAUCUUAUGGUUGUCUUUUCACUUCCUGUCUAGUUGCUCUGUAACGCUCUGAUUAAAGUUGUCUGUAUUGAA